AUCAAACUCUCGACGAGAUGGAGGUCGAGGAGGACUCGUACGAGGCGGCGCCACCAGCGCAUGAAGACAAUAACACGUCGAAACUCGAUGCCAAGUUUGAGGCGGAGCAGGCGCUGCUUGCGGCCCUCAAGAAACCGCGCGACUUUCACAAGAAGGAAGCCAAGGCAGGCGUCAUCAAGCAGCUCAACAUCUCCGCGUCCGACAUGCUGUCAUAUCGUCAGCGGCACGCCGCCACCACGGACGGGUCGCAGGACUCGGUGGCGGUCACGGAGGUGCGGGAGCUGCACCACCAAAAAGUCACGACCACCACAACCACCCACCAAACAAACAAAGUGGACAAGAUCGCGGCCAACGCCAAGCGCCGACGGGACCGGCACACGGCCGCCCAAUCGCAGUACCAACUGCGUCUCAAAGCCAUCAGCGACCAGCUAGAGACGGACAUCCUACGCAUCAGCGACGCCAUCAAGGAAGAGCUCGCAGGGGUUGCCGCCGCCACCGCCAACCACUUCGCCCUCCUCACCGAUGAGCCGUGGCUCAUCCAAGCGUCGCACGCGAUGGUCGUGGACCAGUGGACCCAUCUGAACGAGUUGUGGAGCGGGAGGACCUGCACCAUCCGCCACUUUGGAGACGGACUCGAAGCCAUCGAGCAGACGCGGUCAGCGCUGGCAGGGGCGGAAUUGCAACUGCUCACAGAGACAUGCGUGGCGGCGGCGUACGUGCUCCCGCCAGAAGUAGAGCGCGCCAUCGAAGACGAAGCGCACGAGUUGAACGUGGUGCUGAUCACGAACCGACGGAGCCACUGCCACCUCGUCAGCCGCAUGCUCAAGGAAGACGUGCACAAGUUUGUCAACGUCCGGACGACGUGGGAGGACUGCGAGCGGCACUGGCGUGUUCUCAACCACGACCACGCGAUCCACAUGUUCAAGGCCACGCUCGAGUCCGAUUUGUACACGCACCCGCCGAGAUUGCAUGCGAUUCUGGAGAAACUUCGCGCAGAUCAAGUGGCGGUGCACACGAACGAGCGGCUGGCGCUGCUUAGUCAACUGGAUGGCCUUGUGACCGGAGGGUUGUCCACGGAGAAGGUCCAGCGCAUGGUGUCGGCGCUGGCGGACAUGUACAAGAAAGAAGAAGAGCGCAACGCAGCGUACUUUGACCAGCUAUUCACGUGCCAGCGCGACAUUGUGGCCGAGGCGGCGGCGAUGAGGGAGUUGCUCCGUGCGACGUGUCACCGCGUGGGGGCGAAGGCCAAGGAAGGCGCGCUGGCGACCAUCGCCACCCAGCUUACGACACUUCUGGCCGACAAGAACCUGGACGAAUUCUUUCGGAUUUCGGGCGGGCUACGCGCCGAAUUGGCGGCCAUCGAAGACCGACUGGCGUCGCCCGACAUGAUUUACCAGGAAAACGUGACAGCACUCGUCCCUCGAGUGGCCAUGCUCGUGGCCGCGCUGCCAAUGGAGGCGAUUUUGGACGCCCAGGGCAAAUCCUCCGAGCGCAAACUGAUCCAAGCGACACUGGAGCGGCUGCGCAAGGCGCCCAAGAACGAGAUCGUGCCGUUGCUCCCGACGUUGCUGGCACAAACUACGAUCCUCGCGGGCAUUCAAGGCAUCGACGACACCCUUCGCCUCGAGCUGGACGACAUUGGUCGGAAACUGGACUCGCUGAUUCAAGACAACGAAGCGCAGUCGAGCGCCGCCGCGGCGGUCAAGAGCAAAGGCAUCGGGCUGGAUGCGUUCCAGAUCGCCGACAUGCAAGGGAUCCGCAAGGCGCAGCGGCGACUCGGCACACUCGUGUACACGACGGACCUGCCGCCGCCGUUCCAGGCGCUGCUGCACGUGAUUCUGAAGGCGUUGGAGGUGCAGACCCACGCCAACACGGUGGUGGACGCCAUCGUCGCGCUCGAAUGCAACAGCCUCAUGGCCCAACGCGAGCGGGAAAUGGACGCGCUCGUGGCGGUGGUCGGCUCGGGGCUGGAGGCGCACACGACGACCCUCCACGUCACAUGUGACCGCAUCGCGCGGUUCUUCUACCAGCUGGUCGCGUGCGUCGAGAACUACGAGGACAAGACCCGCGUCGUCAACUUGACGGUCAUGGACCUGCUGGACACGCUCAAAGACACGCACGACGGCAACGUGGCGGCAUGCGAGGCCGAGUUUGCAGUCAAACGGUCGGCGCUGCGGCAUGCGCCGGACGAAGCGACGUUGGAGCGCGAGUUCACCGGGUGCCUCGGACUGCUUGAAGGGCUGGAGGACGAGUACCGAAAGUACAACAAGAAGGUGUCGCUGGCGUCGACCAACCACCCGAUCGCCAUCUCGAGGCAAAACAAUGCGUUCCAGAACGAGCUGUGCGCGUUCUUUGGGCUCUUGUCGCCGUCGUUGGGCGUGUCCACGGCGAUCAACGACCUGCUCAGUGCCGAACGGAUCGAAGCUGCUAUCGAUUCCCCUCCACCGUCGACACCGACGUCUCCUCCUUCGACCACGUCACUGCAUCAUCAUGACCCCUACGACACUGCCCACGAUCCUCCCGCGACUUCAAUGAAGGCGUCCCCGUCCACAUCAACCGUAGCAGCGAUGCCAACAGACGCCUCGCAUGCUUCCGCCACAGCGCUCGAUCACUCCCAUUCUCGCCCCGAUUCUAGGACCACUAUAGUGCCCGGUGAGGGUGACGUCGACGUCGCUGCCUUUUGCAGUCAAAACGGCUGUCGAUACAAAGAGUGCGAGUCCGUGACCAGCAUUCUCGGGCGCAUUCUUCAGCGAAAGAUCCUCCUUCCUGGCGAAGAGCCCAGCGACGACGACACCCCGCCACAGGACGCCGAACCGCCGUCGCCCGAUCCAACCCCCCAUUCGGUGGAGCCUCCGCCCCCAACAACGACGAAACCAACCAAAGGCACCCCCCGUGGUGCAUCUGCCGCCGUGUUGCAGGACCAUUCCCCAGACGUCCCCUCUCCCGACGCCGCAUCCCCCGUCGAGACCCCACCAGAACCUGUCGAUGAGAUUCACAUCCCCCUCGAGUCGGUCAUUGCCGUGUUGGACGUUCCCAAGUCGACGCUCCUCUCCAUGUUGCUUCGCCUCCGCGAUGCGACCAUGACGCUGUUCGAGUCGCGGAGUGCCGCCCACUUGGACGAGGCCAACGCCGAAGCCACCGCCCGGUUGGACGCGUACACAUUCCUUUUGGAGGAGUGUCUGCGGAUGCACUGGCCACGCAAGGGCCGCACGGACGUCCAGAUCUACCAGCCCCGCGCAGGGGAGCUCGUGAGCCACCGGCAGCGCCACGGCCGGCAUGUAAAGAAUGUGCUCAAGAAACUGGCGGUGCAGGAAGCCAGGUUUGUCCAACUUCACGACCAAGCACUCGGUUGUCUGCGGGGCCAGGAGAACGCCCAGCUGGGACUGCAGUCGCAACUGCUCAUGCAAACAAGCUUGGCGGCGCUGCAGGGUCUCGAGAGUCGAUCCAAGAAGGUUCACGUCGAGUUCAAAGCCGCGUGGGGGGACCUCUUGCGCGUCAAGAUGGCCGUGUACCUCACAGACGAGCCCCUCGCACUGAUCGCGACCUGUCGAGAGCUCGUGACGACAUGUGCCCACCAGAUCUUUCCCGAUUUGGUCAGUUGCGACGUCAUUUCCGGGUGCGACUACCACCCCGACGAAGUCAAACUGGUCCAAGUGCUCGUAACCGAGGCGGAAACGCAGAUCCAGGCCGCCGUGGCUGCUCGAAAAGCCACGAUAGACGCGCUUGAGGGCCAAGAAGGGCGCGUCGGCGCGUUGCUGGCCACGUUCAAAACGAGGUACCACAGCUGCCUCCAAAACUUGUCCAUGAAGGAAGGACUGGGACAAAAGUACGGCAUGCCGCGACGAAAUGCCCAGGAGCGGCUGAGAAGUGAGAUGACUCGGUCCGACAACAUGGCCAGCUCCAUCGACGACCUCCUGCACGUGCUCACCCAAGCCGCCACCACCGCCACUGUUCCAUCAGGACCAAAGGGCCCAAGCAACGUCGCGCGACAUGUGCGCAAAGUCGUGUUGGAACUCCGCCACUUGGUGUACUCUCGGGGAUUGUACUUGGGGGUACUGACUAACAAGAUGCAGCUGGCCCCCCAACCAGUCAAAGACGACAUGGAAGCGUCUACCAAGUACGACGCGGACGCGCCAGUCGACGCCGCCAGCGCCGCCGUAUCCAAAUCUUUUCUUGACAUCACCAAGCAAUUCGAAGUACAAUGCGUGGCCGACACCCGCGCGUUGUUUGCGGCUGAAGGGAAACCGCUGGACGACCACAGCAUCCCAGACACUCUCCAAGCGUACUUGCACGAACAGCAUGAAAAGUCGGUCGCGUACGUUCGGCAUCAAGUGGCGGCGUAUCGCGCUCAAGUCCACGCGUUCGAAGCGGCCCUCGCGACGGCGCCGCGCGUGGCGAUGGAGGACAUCGUCCGCCGGGCCAAAUCCGCCGUGCAGAGCCGCGUGGGGGCGGUGGAAGCGGCGUUUCAGAAGCAGUUUCUAGCGUGGGAGGGGCUGAAAGACCAGCACCGGGCCAAGCUUACGCCGGACCUGUGCAGCCCCAACCAAGUGGCCGUCGUCGAGGGCUUGUGCGUCAAAGAAGCCACGAGGACGGCGGCCGUGCAGGAGGCGAUUCGGGCGGUUCGGUGGCAGGUGCUGGUCGAGUACGUCGUCAACGCCCGCGGGUUUCACCGGCGCCUGGUGGCCGUGUUUCGCGCCAUGAUGUCCAUCCUCGACACAUGCACCAUGACGGCGGACAUUCAACCCCCAGCUGCAUCGGGGGGCGCCGAGGGGUCCAACUCCCACGAAGACACCGAGCCUACCCACAAACGCAAGUCCCUGAAACGACUGCGCAAGGCGCUGCGAAAGCUCGAACAAGGCGAUCCACUGGCGGUGGAACUCUCAGAAGAUGAGCGAGACGCCCUCGAUGAAGCCAACGAGACCCAGCGAUUUCCCAAGCGCGCGUGGCCGGGACUGCCGGCGGUCCCCGCGUUCGACGUCGCAGCAUCCAUCAAACAAGACACGACGGACGGUGUGGUGCCCCCGGUAGACCCGGCGGACGUUGACACGGCGGUGUGCGUGGCGUACCUGACAGACGCGCAUCGGGCGGCGGUGAAAAGCCGCAACGAAACGCAUGCAGCGUACUGUGGCUGGCUAGACGAGACGAUGGAUGCGAUGGGUCGCAAGUACACGACUUUGCUGCGCGAAGAGGAGCUGUGGUUCUUGAACUGGGGCAAACUGACCCAGUCCAUGCGCCAAGACUCGUAGAUACGUUAGUAGUUGUAGUGACGCAAAACAAAUAAAACCUUAAGAUAUUACCCUAGCUACUUUGAACUACAACAUGGUAUGGCCCUUUUACUUAGUUAGUUGGGAGUUCAGCCACGUCGUCCAAGAGCACCGCAGCUUCAUUCGUCCGGCACCAAGGCAACGUAAACGGCGCAUUGUACCCCAUGUACUCCCACGCUGGAAGGCCAUGUUUGUUUCGCUUGAUAGUGUACUUGCCUUCGAGUUCCAAUGCGCCGACCACUUCGGACGCCACCACUUGGGCAAUGUCCUUGGUGAGUUCACCAGAAAACACCUUCACGGCCAACACGCGCGAAGGGAGCUUCGCGAUGCGCACCUUCGAAUCCAGCGGAAUGGGCGGCUCGUGACCUUCCUUGAUGAACUUGGACGGAAGGAUGAAACUCAUGGUGUCGUCCGCGCGGUCAGCGGAUAGCACGACAGGAGCGGUCAUGGCAAUGGGCUCCCCUCCGUCCGCCUCGGCAUUCUCGGCUGACGCUAAGAUAACCGGAGCGGUCAUGGAAAUGGCUUCUCCAGGGCCAGUUUCCCCCGAACGAGGCUUGUUUUGCGGCUCUGCGAACACGCCGAUGUAUCGCGCAAGGGCUCCAAACGCCGCUCGAGUGAAUUCUGCCCUCGUCGUAGUAGUAGGAAUGUCCUCAGACGACACGGACGCCGUGUACAGAGGGUCGUAGCGGCGGAUUUCGAUGUCUCCAUUAGGGCCAAUGCGUCCCAGACUCACAAAAUGAGGCGUUUCCUCGCUGAUCUUGCCAAACACUGCUCCCAUCCUCGCAAUCCUCCG